AUGGAGAAUUCAAUGGAUAUGGUUCAAAAUGAAUUUGAUAUGUCUACUGGGUUUGAUGCAGAAUUCAAUUUCCCGGAUAUCAGUUUUCUAGAUGAUUUUCAUGAAUCUCUUGGGCAAGUUCCUAACGGGGACGCGAAAGGAUCCCCCAAUAUCAAAAAUGCUCCUGAAUCCGAAUCGGAUGCAAAGGAUUCCCAUUUCGACUUUGCAUUUGAGGACAUUGUACAUUCGCGAGGCGAAUAUAAAUACGAUUGUGGCACGGGAGCGGGAGACGAUUCACAUCAGUAUGGCGGUGACCAAUACGGGGACUCCGCCGGCAAAUUCAUAGGAGCUUCAUUUGAAGGUUUUGGACAGUGUAGCUAUAACGAAGCCGAGGAUACAGUUGCAAUCGAAGCUGGAGCAUUCAACGGUACGUUACCCCUUCGUUUAUUGCCAGCCAAGUCUCCGAAACGCAAUAUGCAGGCGCCCGCGAGUCCAACACGUUUCUUGGCGGGAACACUGGAUGCUACUUCCAUGAGUGGCCCUCAAGUUGUUUUCGGUGUUGGUUCAAAGGCGAAACCUGCAGAGCCGGAAGCUGUCUCACAGCUGGCCAUCCCACAUAACCCCAAACUUGAAAGGUCCAAGUGUCUGAUACUCAAUACAGGUCCCAGCAUUGAAAGAAAUACAAGUGCUCCAGAAGGAACAGAGGUUAUAGCAUUGACGUUUACUUCGGCAGCUGAGGCAAAUUCAUACGCUCCACAGAAGUGGUCGGCACCUUCUGUUGACCUUAGCGUCCCGAAAACUCAAGAGGGGCGCGAAGCGAUCGUCAGAAGUUUGAUGGAAGCAAUGUAUUCCCUCACGGAGUCGAAGGACAAUGACGGAAUGAUCCGACCUUGGAGGGAUGGCAGAUAUUGUCAGCCGCGCGUAGAAAUUGCAUGCUGGAACAUCAUGGAACGCAAGACCAUCUGCAAGAGGCUGAUAGAUGUGCCUUUUUUCCUCAAUUUUAUCGAUGAUCCUAGUUACCAAGCAAAUCGCGUUGAACAAAACAAGGGCCUGAAUGCUAAGAAGGGGAUGGUGAUCAAGGCCGGAAAGGAUGCUCUGGAGAAAGAAGAAAAAGAGUCCGGCAGAACCAUGAUCCCCGCCCCUCGAAAGCGGCAUAGGCGAUACGCUGCUGAAGAAGCCGUGACGCCUGUUAGUGUCCCACGGAUCUGUAAGCGCCAAAGGAGAGGGUCUACAAGAUCAUACGGUCAUGCCGGUAUCCCAUCAUCUCAUAUGGGUGUGGCGACCGAUGGUUUUACAACCCCUUUACCCAAUCCGCAGCUACACACGCCCCCAAAUUCAGCAAACAGCAACGUCGGAUCUCUACCAUCACAUGGUCCAUAUAAUAUGCCGCCCGGCAGGGCAAUGAGAGAACAUCCUUGCGCACAUUUUUCUCGCAAUCCUCAUGGUGUUAUUCCGUCCGGCGAAUAUGGUGGUGAUCAAUCGAGGGCAAUGCCGCCCCAUCACCUAAAUCCUUUAGCCACCCCGAAAUCUGAAAUUUCGCGGAAUUCGGUAGGGAGGCAUCCAAGAAGCACAGGAAACCAUGCAUUUAGUGCCUAUACUAGAGGCUUCCACGCGCAAGAGAUCUCAAGCUCACACUUCACAGGAACAACUCCGCAGACACCUCAAGCUUUGACUUAUGCCCUACAUGCACAAGGUUAUACAGCCUCGAAUAUCCCCGCCCCCAACAUGGAAAUACAUGGAGGUCAACAGCACGCCACUCAACCCAACCUUUCUACUUCGGAGGGACGCACCAUUGGUGAAUCUGAGUCUGGUUGCCGUCAUCACAGUAGCCUUCAGUCAGACAUGAACCUCCAAGCACAACAUCAAGCAUGCUACCCGCCUUACUUUACAGCUUUCCCCAACCCCCAUCAGGAUUUGGAAUAUCUACCGAUGCCACCGUUUCCGCAUAACUGCCAUCAUUCAAAUGCUCAAGAGAGUACUAAUGAACCUAGAAGGGCGAUCAAGCGUAGUCCUGGGGAUAGAGCUUGA